AUGGCUCCGAUCCAGAAGCGGAGCACCGCCGCCGACGAUUUCAUCCUUACGCUGUCCGAUGAAGAUACUCCCCUCGAAACUAAUGGUGUUGAUGAUGCGGAGGAUGUGAAUGAAUUGUCGGGCUCCAAGAAACGGAAGCGCGAGCAGAACGAGACCGCAACGAAAAAUAAGAAGCAGAAGAAACAACAACAGUCGUCGACGAAACCAAAGGCCGGAAAGAACAAGGCCGCAUCUGGAGACGUAGAGGAACGCUCAGAAGACGACGAGGACGAGAAUGACGCAUUGAAUGAUGCAGAGGAUGACGGGGCUCUGAACCCAGACCUUGAGUUCGAUAUUGGCGGCAACGCGGCACAGGGCGUCAUCGAGGAUUUUGAUGGGUGGGAGGUCGACGACGGUCGGAAGAAGACAAAUGGGACCAAGAAGCGUGUUGAUAUCGACGACAUUAUUGCCAGAAGGCGGAUAAGGAAGCAAGAGGAGGAGGAGAAAAAGAAGAGAAAGAAGGAACAGGGAUCGGAUAGCGAAGAAGGAGAAGAAGGAGAGGAAGAAGAAGAUGAUGAUGCUGAGAUCGAUGGGCAAGAGGAAGACGAGUCUGACGAGGAGGCGGAUGGGGAGAAUGGUGAUCUUGCUAAUUUCGACGAUGACGAGUUGCUUGCUCCCGAUGGGUUUGGUAUGGGUGCACGCAGCGAAGACGAGGAGGAUUCAGCUUCUGAGGGAGAAGAAGAAGAUGAUGAUGAUGACGACGACGACGAUGACGAGGGAAAGGAAGACAGUUCCGACAAGGAGGAAGCUUCGGAUUCUGAUGAUGACGAAUCUGUUGCAUCUCCCGUCCCUCAUCCCGAUGAUCUUGCAUCAGACUCAUCGUCUGAUGACGAGAGUGAAGAUGAGGAAGAAUUAGAGAAGCGGAAAGCUUUCUUUGCACCCGAAGAAGAGAAGCCCAAGGACUCUGCGAAAGACUCGUCAAACAGCUCGUUUCAGGAUUUCAACCUCUCUCGACCGAUCCUCCGUGGCUUGGCUUCGGUUGGCUUCACGACUCCGACCCCCAUCCAGCGCAAGACGAUCCCCGUGGCAUUGCUCGGAAAGGAUAUUGUGGGUGGUGCAGUCACAGGUUCCGGUAAGACAGCCGCGUUCAUCAUCCCUAUCCUAGAGCGUCUUCUGUAUCGACCCCGAAAGGUCCCGACUAGCCGCGUUGCGAUCCUUAUGCCGACUCGAGAGUUGGCGGUUCAGUGCUACAACGUGGCUACAAAACUGGCUACAUAUACCGACAUCACGUUCUGUCAGCUUGUUGGUGGUUUUAGUCUCCGGGAACAGGAGAACGUGCUCAAGAAGCGGCCGGACGUAAUUAUAGCCACACCAGGUCGUUUCAUCGAUCACAUGAGGAACUCGGCCAGCUUCACAGUCGACACGCUAGAAAUUCUCGUCCUGGACGAGGCGGAUCGGAUGCUGGAAGAUGGGUUUGCGAACGAGCUGAACGAGAUCCUGACCACAAUCCCGAAGUCGCGGCAGACGAUGCUCUUCUCCGCGACCAUGACGGACUCUGUGGACAAGCUCAUCCGCGUCGGGCUCAAUCGACCGGUGCGGUUGAUGGUCGACGCGAAAAAGCAGACUGCCGGCACGCUGGUCCAGGAAUUCGUGCGACUACGUCCGGGACGAGAGAGCAAACGCCUUGGCUACCUCAUGUAUCUGUGUAAUGAAGUCUACACCUCACGAGCUAUCGUCUUCUUCCGGCAGAAACGUGAGGCGCAUCGUGUUCGGAUUGUCUUUGGGCUCUGUGGUCUGAAAGCGGCGGAGCUACAUGGUAGCAUGACCCAGGAACAGCGUAUCAAAAGCGUUGAAGCCUUCCGAGACGGGCGCGUGGCCUUCCUCCUAGCGACUGAUGUCGCUGCCCGUGGUCUGGAUAUCAAGGGAGUGGAAACGGUCAUCAACUACGAAGCUCCCCAGACACACGAGAUCUACCUGCAUCGUGUCGGUCGAACUGCGCGUGCGGGACGCUCUGGUCGGGCCUGUACCCUGGCUGCCGAACCAGACCGCAAAGUGGUCAAGGCCGCUGUGAAGGCCGGCAAGGCUCAAGGCGCGAAGAUCGUCAGCCGAGUAGUGGACCCUCGUGCCGCCGAUGAGUGGGCCGAAAAGAUCGAGGGAAUGACGGAAGAGAUCGAGGAGAUCUUACGCGAAGAGAAGGAAGAGAAACAGCUGGCGCAGGUGGAAAUGCAGGUGACGAAAGGCGAGAACCUGAUCAAGCACGAGAAAGAGAUCAUGUCCCGGCCGAAGCGAACGUGGUUCGAGAGCGAGCGGCAGAAGCAGGAAGCCCGCUUGCGAGGAUUGAUGGAGCUGAAUGGGCCUGAUUCUAUCAAGCCCAAGGAGAGACGUAAGCUCAGCGGCAAAGAGAAGAAGCGCCUGGAUGAUACCCGGCUGCGGAAGGAGGGUAAGAUAUGGAAGAAGGGCAAGAAGGAACGAGAAGGCCAGGACCCUUCAAAGCAGGCCAAGGCCAAGGCCAAGGCCAAGGCGAAGAAGGCCAAGAAGAAGGGGAAGGCGUGA